AUGCCACCAUCGGCAAAGAGAGCCUCCAGGGCUCGUCGCGAACCGCGUAAAGCCGCGACUGCGACUGCGACCACAGCUACUUCACCAGUCGAAAUCGAAGAGUCCUCACCUAGUCGCCCAGCAAAACGGCGCAAGAAGGUUCUAGAGGACGAAGAAACCCCCGCGCCCAACGAUGACCAACUAGUAUCGCAAAUCACACAGCACCUUCGCAGCCAGGAAGUCCAAGCAAGCAAAGAUCACGCCAAUGUUAUUCACGAGGCCAAGGGCGAUGGCGUCAAGGCCUACGCCAAAGUUGCUGCUCAGGAUUGGACAUUUUACAUCACCAAGCUAAAUGUCAAUAUCGGCCGAGCUCCCGAAGCCUCACACAACACGCAGACUGCCAGCUCAGAAGAGGAUGAGUCUCAUAUUCACAUUGAUCUGGGCCCAAGCAAGAUGGUGUCGCGUGAGCAUGCUACCAUUUCUUUUGUCUCCAAGGACGAGAAGUGGUUUCUUCGUGUCAAGGGCCGUAACGGUGCCAAGGUGGACAGCCAGCCCGUCAAAGCCGGCCAGUCGCACCCUCUCACAAGCGGUGAGGUCGUCGAGAUUGGAAAUGUCGAGAUGAUGUUCGUCCUGCCUUCUGAAAUCACCCCUCUAACCGUUCACCCCAUCUAUCUACAACGCGCUGGUGUUAGCGUCCACACCCCACAAUCCCGGACAUCACGCAGGCAGCCUCUUAUUGCACCGGCACCUCCUGAAUACAAGCGGCCAGGAACACCACCUUCAACUCAGAGUGCCAUCAAGUCACCGGCUACGAGUACACCGGCUGUCAUGGUCGGCGCCAAUGGCGUUGAUUUGAGCCAAGACGAGAAUCAGCAUAUCAAACCACAAUAUAGCUAUGCUCAAAUGAUAACGCAGGCUAUCUUGAAUGCACCUGACGGAAAGCUCAAUUUGAAUGGCAUCUACAACUAUAUCAUGAAUACGUACGCCUACUAUCGUCAUCAGCAAGCUGCUGGGUGGCAGAACUCGAUUAGACACAAUCUCUCGCUCAACAAAUCCUUCGACAAAGUUGCCAGGUCAACUGACGAGCCCGGUAAAGGCAUGAAGUGGCAGAUUGUCCCUGAGGCGAGGGAGGAGAUGGUGCGAAAUGCCUACCGUGUCGGUCGUGGCGGCCACCGUGGAUCAUCCGCCCCCUCAUCUCCAAAUCAACUUGCCUACAUCACACAUGGCCCAAGAGACAUGGCGUCAAGAGAACCUCCAUCGGCUCGUAAGCGACGGGGCUCACCUCCAGCUUCACCGCCCCCAAAGCCGUCCUUGCUUGUUGCUCAAUCAACGCCAGAUCGAUCAUUUGGCAGGAGUGCGACUAUGACUAUCGAUGGUAGCCCUUUGCCCCGCCCAAGAAAGACGCCGGCACGAGAUUCUUCAUUCUCAGUAUAUAAUCCACAGUCUCCUACUCUGACUUCAUCAUACCUCCAAGAAGACGGGGGAUCCUUCGUAACACCAGCUCCUCCUAGGAUGCAUCCUAAGCUCGCUCCGCCAAGUACAGCCCAACGACCCAGUCAGCACAUGCCAACAAGCUCACCAGCACCUUUUUGGAAAUAUGCAGAUAUUGGCAGUACACCUCUGAAAUCUCUCGGUGGUUAUGACAUAAGUCCUACUAAAUCUGGGGGUAUCUUGCCUCCUCAGAGCAGCAGUCCGCCGCGCGGAGAUAAGUCUCCUUUAAGUAGCCCGUCUCGACCUCAAAAGUCAAGUCCGCAACCGCUCGCUGAGCCAGGGGAGGUUGAAGAGGAACAAGGGUUUGACCUGACAAAGGGUUUCCAGAGUAUAGGCUCAUACCACGCACCGGUUGGGGGAGGUGCCUCCAUUUUGCAAGGUCAUACGUAG